AUGCUCGUCACGGAUUCGUCGCCCGAGAUGUCGAGCACCUCGAGGUCUUCGAAAUUCUUCAGGCUUUCGAGCUUUUCGAGGCUUUUGCAGUCUUUAAGGAUUAGGAUUUCUAGUUUGAAGCUUUUAGGCAGGGACUUAAUCUUGAGACAGGACAAGUUGAGGUUUUUAAUGUUUGGCAUGUCGUUGAAGAAAUGGUCAGGGAUAUUUUCGAGGUUGAUCGAACCCGAUAGCUCGAAAGCCGUGAGGUGUUCCCAUACACGAUACGGAGGAGUGAUUUCGAGAAUUUGGUCGACCGUGUCGAAAAACUCGCAGCCUCUCACGACGAGCAGCCGAAGCUUGCUCAUCUCGGAGAUCGGGAGCGGGAAAUAUCUUCCCAUUCUCGAUCGCGUCGCGGCCCGAAUCGAGAACUUCGCGCAUCUCGAUUUUCCCGAUGUGAUUUCCCUCCAAAACGAGCGUCGAUAUUUUCGACGCUCGCUCGGCGAUCACCGUUUUUAUGGCCCCGUGCCCGACCGCGAUCUUCCCGAGCCGGCAUUCGAAAGUCGUGGCGAGGCCCAAACGGACGCCUUGGAAGAAACUGUAGUAUUCCCGAACGUCGAACUUGAACGACCGGGACCCGCUCGACACGACGUGGCCCGAUUCUUGAUUCUCGAGCAACCCGAGCUCGAGGAGCUCGAUCAAGACUCGGUGGCCCUCCUCGUACGCGUCCUUGAUUCGCGUGAAAUGACCUAA